UAAAAAUUGAAGAAUUUAAACGGCUAGAUUAAAAAAUUAAAUCACUUAACCUUUCUAUUGGAUUAGAGUUCAUGUGAAUUUUAUUUUUUGCCAAUUUCUCGAGGCAAAUAUUUAAUUCAUAUUAGUCCUGUUUCUGUUUAGUUUUCAUACAAUCGGUAGAUCACCACAUUUCCAAGAGCGGACAGAACCCAAAGUCUUUCGUUUGACGUUGCUUGGUCUUCAUCAUAGCACCUUCCCUUAAUCCAGUUCCCAGGAAACCACCGGUCCAGGGAAGAUCGGAAUUUGUUGAAGCCGAUCUUUUGAGCAUUCGAUCCGGCCAAAUAACGAGAGUUCAAGGGGCUUGACCAACGCCCGAGCACUUUCCUUGGCUCCAAGAAUUUCCAGCAAUUAAUUCUCAGUUCCAUCGGCAGCACCACCAUCGACGGUGUGCGUUUCCGAUAUUUAAAUUGAAUCCGCACCAGGUUCUCAUCCCUUUCUGUGAGUUUUCUGAAAAGCGCAUUCGCAGUAGAUCAUUAUGGAUGAGGUGAUGACAGUAACAGAUGCAGUAUCAUCUGGAAGCAUGUCUCAAUCAUCAUCAUAUUCAUCUUCAUCACUGUUGCCGAGCAACCUCCCUCUCCUAUCUGCCCUCCUCGCCUGUGCUCUUGCUCAGUUCCUGAAGCUCUUCACAAACUGGUUUAAAGAAAAGAGAUGGGAUUCUAAAAGGAUGCUUGAUUCUGGUGGAAUGCCCUCUUCUCAUUCUGCUACUGUGACAGCUCUAGCAAUGGCUAUAGGUCUACAAGAAGGGACAGGAUCACCAACUUUUGCAAUUGCAGUCGUCCUGGCCUGUGUUGUGAUGUAUGACGCAUCAGGGGUCAGACUUCAUGCCGGUCGGCAAGCAGAAUUGCUGAAUCAAAUUGUUUGCGAGUUUCCUCCAGAACAUCCAUUAUCCAGUGUUAGACCUUUGCGUGAAUUACUUGGGCACACUCCGCUUCAGGUGGUUGUUGGAGCUUUGGUGGGAUGCAUUGUAGCUUACCUGAUGAGAAACACGGACUAGUUAGUGUUCCGUGUAUACACAGUUGCAUCAACAGAACUUGUUUCUGAUCGUUGAAAGACUGUCGAGUAAUGAUCGGAGGCAAUGCCUGGACGAGGAGAUUUAUGAACUUGGUGGACUUGGUCAUGGAUAUACAGAACACCAUAUCUCCACAUUGAAUGAACAAUAAUCUUCCUGAAGGAAUUUAGUUUAAAAAUCAAUCAAACAUUUGUCCAGCAUAGAUUCUUCUCCCAACUGUUUGAUGAUUAAUUUUCAAAGUGAAUGAAACAACUUUUCACGGUUUCCCUGCUCCCAACUUUCUUUUGCUUUAUUGAAUUGACUUGGAUGUAGCCCAAAGUUUAUUGUUAACAUUAUAAUUUGCAUUAUAAUAGUUUGCAAAUUGGCCUUUAUUUUA